CUGUCCCCCCCCCCCCCUUCCCGGUUCACGAUCGACUCCUGUCUCCCGUGCCCGUCUCCCUCACCAUGACCUCCGCCACCUCCACCCUCCCCCCCACCCGCACCGACUCCAUCCUCGGCUGCAUCGGCAACACCCCGAUGGUCCGCCUGGACCGCCUGGCCAAGGCCGCCGGUCUCGAGUGCGAGCUCUGGGCCAAGUGCGAGUUCUUCAACGCCGGUGGCUCCGUCAAGGACCGCAUUGGCCUGCGCAUGGUCGAGGAGGCCGAGAAGGACGGCAUCCUCAAGCCCGGCUUCACCAUCAUCGAGCCCACCUCCGGCAACACCGGCAUCGGUCUGGCCCUGGCCUCCGCCCUCAAGGGCUACCGCUGCAUCAUCACCCUCCCGGAGAAGAUGUCCGACGAGAAGGUCAACGUCCUGAAGGCCCUCGGUGCCGAGAUCAUCCGCACCCCGACCGAGGCCGCCUGGGACGCCCCCGAGUCCCACAUCGGUGUUGCCAAGAAGCUCAACGCCGAGAUCCCCAACUCCGUCAUCCUUGACCAGUACAUGAACCCCAACAACCCGCUGGCCCACUACUACGGCACCGGUGCCGAGAUCCUGGCCCAGCUCGACAACAAGGUCGACAUGUUCGUCUCCGCGGCCGGUACCGGUGGCACCCUCACCGGCACUGCCCGCCGCAUCCUCGAGACCGUCCCCGACUGCCAUAUCGUCGCCGUUGACCCCAAGGGCUCCAUCCUCGCCGAGCCCGAGUCCCUCAACACCACCGACAUCACCACCUACCAGGUGGAGGGCAUCGGCUACGACUUCAUUCCCGACGUCCUGGACCGCUCCAUCGUCACCGAGUGGAUCAAGACCGAGGACUCCGAGUCCUUCGAGAUGGCCCGCCGCCUCAUCCGCGAGGAGGGCCUCCUGUGCGGUGGCUCCUCCGGUGCCGCCGUCGUCGGCGCCCUUCAGGCCGCCAAGAAGCUCAAGGCCGGCCAGCGCUGCGUUGUCAUCCUCCCCGACUCCAUCCGUAACUACAUGUCCAAGCACCUGAGCGACGGCUGGAUGAAGGAGAAGGGCUUCCUCGGCUGCUAAGUGCGCGUGCCGCGCCCUGUGGGGCGCCUUUCUCGGUGCCCCGGAGGGCGACUCCUGAUGUGACGCGCGCGCGCGCGCGCGCGAGGGCGGCCUUGCGACCGCCGCCCCUCUCUCCCCCUCUCGGGGUGCUCUGUUUGGUGCACCGUGCGAGGGCGGCGCGGGGGGAGCGCUGCGGCGAUAGAAGACCCUGUGAGGACCGCGGACGGGCGUUUGUGUGUUGUUGGCUGCUGCUGGUGUUGGUGCCCGCGGACGAGGCCAGGGGGGGGCACCCCCUCUUGCCUGCCGCCCCGCUGCUGCCGCAUCCCAUGUGCAUGCACACCCACACACCCACGCUCUAGUCCCUCUUCGGCAGGGGGGGGGGCACCUCUUCGCAAGUGGUGCCCUCCUGUGCCGCCGGCCCCCCCUCUCUCCCUCGGCCCAAUACACACCCCAAUUUCGGA